UUUUUUUCCUCCAGUGGUUAAUGACUAGAACCUCUUACCCCUGAAAAAAGGUAUCAACGCCAUCAGUGAACAUGUUCAAGGAGAUGCUGAACCGUUGCUGGAAAACGUACUGUAAGGAUUGACACAGGACCAUCAACACACUAUCCUUAUUAUUGAGGACUGAAAGCUGAAUCAACUUUCAAGGUCGUUGUAGGUCGAUUGGUCUACAUAAUACCAUGACGAUUUAUAGCACAAUUUUGAAUAAACGAACCUUAUGUAACUAGAAAAGAACGCUUCGUGGAAGCUUUUCAAUGAUGAGAAAUAGCGUCUCAAGUUCUAUGCGAAUGCCUAUGCGUUCGAAAAGUUUCUCUCCUGGUCGGUCAUUAAGAAAAAAUGCAAUGGAAAAAUAUGGAAAAGCAGUAACAGGGUUUUCACUUGACACUUCAGCAGAUCUGGAAACAAAUUAUCGAACCAUGAGGAACUUAGAGAAUGAAUAUAUUAAAAGUCUGCAACAACAGAUUUAUCUUUUGGAGCUUGAAAACAACUACAUUCGACAUCAAGCUGCCGAAGUGAUGGAUAAACAACCUUUGAUGGUUUGUGAGGCAUCGAAUUCCUUGAAAAAGCUAAAAGAAAUGCAAGAAAGAACUGACGGGUUGAACCUUGAAAUUCAUCGUAAAGAAGCUCACAUAAGUAUAUUACAACAGAAAUUAAACCGCUGCGAAGAGAGUCUACGGGAAACCUUAUUAUAUCAUGAUAAAGAAAAAGAUGAAUUAACACGUCAAUCUAUUACACUUCGAGGUGAACGUGAAUUGGCAUUACGUGAAGUUUAUCAAAAAGAUGAACAAAUAAAAGAGUUACAAUAUCAAUUAUCUAAUCAAAAAUCAACUGUAACUGCUAUGGAGAUACAAUUAGAUAUUCUUAGAGCUAAACUUGAUGAUGAAACAAAACGAGCAAAUGAUCUAGAAAGAUCUUUAAUUGAAAGUCGUUCAGAAUUGGUUGAAUUCAAUACAAUAUUAAGACAAUUAGAAGUUCAUUAUCAACAAGAAUUAAAUCGUAUACAAUCAACACCACAGAAUGAAUUUAAGGAUAAAAUACGUCAUCUUGAACAAAAAUUAAGUGAAGCCUUUUUGAAAUCAGAAAAUGAUCGAUAUAUAAAAGAUAAACAAACUGAUAAAAAUGAUUUACUUUUAAAAGAAAAUGUACAUUUAAGUAAUGAAUUAGAAAAAUUAAGAAAACUAGCUGAAGAAUCUCAAUCUUUAUUUGAACGAAGUCAAUUUAAACAAACAGAAGAUAUUGCCGAAUUGAACCGAUUAAAACAACGAGAAAAAGAAUUAAUGCAUAUGAAUGCAAUGCUUCGUCAAGACGUAUUACUCAAAACUAGAGAGAAUGAAAAACUUCAACAACAGCUUGCUUACCAAGAAAAAACGUCUGAUAGCUUGUUAUCAGGAAAACAAAUUCAACCAGAUUUAUCUCAACAGUUUGAAGCUUUAAAGAAGGAACGUGAAAUAUUUAUUGAAAGUAUGAACAAGAUUAAUGAACAGAUUGCUGAACAAAAAAUAAAAAUUGAUCGAUUAGAACAAGAGAAGACCAGGUCCUUGAAUAAUGAUCAUUUGAUAAACAAACAAACGAAUAGCAAUGAUAAUAUAAAAUUAUUAUUGAAUGAAGAAAAUCUAUCCCCUAUAAACAUCAAUAAAGCGAAUACAUCACCAACACAUCGAAAACCAGUAGAUGAAGCAAUUAUUCAAGCAUUUCAAAGACCUAGAAAGUGACCAUUUUAUGGUUUCUUUAGAAAUAACUGACGUGACGUGAAAAGAUAAGUAGUAAAGAAAAAUAUCAAGAAGAGAUCAAAGCGAUUACAACCUACCUAUCUAUAGAGUAUGAUCUAUUCAAAAAAGGACAGUAUUAAUCAUGAAAAAAUGAAUUAUUUUUUACGUUUGU